AUGGGGAAUGAGGAGAAAGAUCCCUUGCCCGGUCGAAUAGCGUCUCUGGUUCAUGCGCAUUUCGAUGCCCUGCCGAAGCGCAGUAAGCCGAUUCUACGUGAUGAUGGAACGAGAGAGUGGAUUCCCAUGACGGGGAUUGUGGUUGUCAAGGGAGAGAAUACACCAUGUGAGGAACUAACUUGUAUAGCAGUCACAACCGGUGCCAAAUGCCUCUCUGCAAGUCAAAUCCCCAGCUGUAAAGGGCUAGUACUGCAUGACUGGCACGCGGAAAUCCUAGCCCUGCGUGCAUUUAAUUUCUGGCUUCUGUCUGAAUGCCACAGUGUCCUUGCACAUGAGAUCCAUUCAUCCAAGGCUCCAGAAGAAGAAGAAGAAGAACAGAAACAGGAAAUGAAGCAGAACUGCUUAUCUCCAUUUAUUCGUUGCCGCCGAAAAAGUACCAGGAAACCCCAUCUCCCGCCAUUCGAGCUCCACCCUGAUAUCGCUAUUUACAUGUACUGCACCUGUGCUCCUUGCGGUGAUGCAAGCAUGGAACUCUGCAUGGCAGCGCAAGAGGAUCCCACACCUUGGACUACAUCAUCUUCCUCAACUACCAAUCCACACCCGAAAUCUCACCCCCCAGACUCGUUAGACGGCCGCGCUCACUUUUCCAACCUCGGCAUCGUCCGUCGAAAACCGUCGCGCGCGGACGCCCAAGCAACCAAGAGUAAAUCGUGCUCGGAUAAGCUUGCACUCCGCCAGGUGUCGUCGUUACUCGGCUACGAGGCUGGGUUGCUGGUUGCGCCGACCCGGAACGCUUAUAUAUCGGGGUUGGUUCUUCCAGAGGAAGAGAUUACUCGGGUUGGGUGUGAGAGGGCCUUUGGAGAGAGAGGGCGGAUGAAAGAUUUAGGGGGGAGGAGCUGGUCCCGAAACCCCGGAAAUGGAAAUGGAAAUGGAAAAGAAUAUCAAUACGCAUUCUAUCCAUUCCAAGUCCUUUCCAUACCCAACGAAAAACUCAAAUCGCUGUGGCCAUUCCGAAACCCCAGAUCAAAUAACCAGGACGCUCUCAAAAAAACCAAACCGGGUACAAUCUCAGCUGUAUGGAUCAGGGCCCCUACAACUCCCAUCCCGGGCGAUUCCAAGCUAUCGUCUCUCGUAGCCGAGAACGGCUCGAAAACGUUACCCGUCCUUCGUGGCUCCAGGACGGGGUUGUUUGAGAAUAUCAUCAACGGGGUGAAGCAGGGGUACAAGGCGUCCGGAGCGGGGCCGGGUGCGCGGGGUGCGUCAGCCCUCUCGAGGGCGAAGUUGUGGGGGUAUUUCCAGGAGAUCGUGUCGUUGUCGUUGGAAUCUGAUUCUCACGGGGAGAAGAAGAAUGAAUCUGCAGAAGAAGAGUUGGGGGCUCUUCGAGCUUUAGUGGAAGCACCGAGUUAUCAAGAGUUCAAGAAGGAGCCUGCAGUUUCGCUAGAGUGUAUUCGAGCCCGCAGCUGCGCUAUACAGGAUGCAAAGGAGGUUCUGGCUGGUUGGGUACCUAAUAUAGGAGAUGAGAAUUGGGGGUUAGAGGUUCUUGUUGACUCGAAGAAACGCAAGCGUUGA